AUGUUUCCAGAAACACCUAGAAUGAAGCUUUCAAAAGAGCUGAGUAUAAAAGAAACCAUAGUGCAAUCUGCAGGGAAGGAGUUAUUCCAUUCCUUUAAUAUUGUGGUAUUAUUACCAUCACUGCCAAAUGUUUGUGGAUCUCGAUUUCAUUCCUAUUGUUGCCCUGGAUGGAAAACAUUGCCUGGUGGUAACCAAUGUAUUGUGCCCAUUUGUCGGAACACGUGUGGUGAUGGAUUCUGCUCCAGACCAAACAUGUGCACUUGUGCCAACGGGCAGCUCUCCCCAGGAUGUGGAUCUGGUUCAAUUCAGCAGUGUAAUGUCAGGUGUAUGAACGGUGGAUCCUGCUCGGAUGACACCUGCGUUUGCCAGAAAGGAUACACUGGGACACACUGUGGGCAGCCUGUGUGCAAAAACGGCUGCCAGAACGGAGGACGAUGCAUUGGGCCAAGUCGCUGUGCAUGUGUGUACGGGUUCACUGGACCACAGUGUGAGCGAGAUUACCGGACUGGACCAUGCUUCACUCAGGUCAGUAACCAAAUGUGCCAAGGACAACUGAGUGGCAUUGUCUGUACCAAAACACUCUGCUGCGCCACCAUUGGUCGAGCUUGGGGUCACCCGUGCGAGAUGUGUCCUGCGCAGCCUCACCCCUGUCGCCGUGGUUUCAUCCCCAACAUUCGGAGUGGUGCCUGUCAAGAUGUGGAUGAGUGUCAGGCGAUCCCAGGUCUGUGUCAGGGAGGUAACUGCAUCAACACUGUGGGAUCCUACGAAUGCAAAUGUCCAGCUGGGCACAAACAGAGUGAGAACACGCAGAAGUGUGAAGAUAUUGAUGAAUGCAGCACCAUUUCUGGAGUCUGUGAUGGGGGUGAAUGUUCAAAUACAAUUGGUAGCUACAUCUGCACCUGUCCACGCGAGUUCGUCACGAGCCUGGACGGCUCCAGGUGUAUUGACCAGCGAUCUGGUACCUGUUUUUCCAGUCUGCUGAGCGGUCGGUGUGCAGGAGAUCUCCACGGACAUUAUACUAAGAUGCAGUGCUGCUGUGACUCUGGGCGUUGCUGGUCAGCAGGACAUACUCCAGAAAUGUGUCCUGUCAGGGGGUCUGAUGAAUAUCGCAGACUCUGCAUUGAGGGUGUUCCCUUUGGACCAGGUUACCCUGGCAUAGGAUUUCCAGGAUUUUCUGGUGGACUUGGACCCAAUGGCCUUGGCCCUGGUGGAAUUGGCCCUGGUGGAGUGGGGCCUGGCGGAAUUGGCCCUGCUGGAGUCGGCCCUGCUGGAGUAGGGCCUAGUGGGGUUGGGCCUAGUGGGAUUGGACCAGGUGGGAUUGGAACAGGUUUCUCAGGCCUACCUGGAACUGGACCAGGCAUUGGUACAGCCACCCUGAAUCAGACAAUCGAUGUUUGUAAGCACUUCACCAACCUGUGUCUGAAUGGACGUUGUAUUCCAACACCAUCAAGUUACCGCUGUGAAUGUAACAUGGGUUUCAAGCAGGAUGUGCGUAGGGAGUGUAUAGAUGUUGAUGAAUGCUCCAGCAGCCCUUGUGUGAAUGGUGACUGCGUUAACACCCCUGGUGCUUAUCACUGCAAGUGUCAUGAUGGCUUCCAGAGUACCGCCACCAAGCAAGCCUGUAUCGAUAUAGACGAGUGUAUCCAGAAUGGUGUUUUAUGUAGGAACGGCCGGUGUGUUAACACUGAUGGAAGCUUCCAGUGUAUCUGCAAUGCUGGCUUUGAGCUCACCCCUAAUGGAAAGAACUGCAUUGAUCAUGAUGAAUGUGCCACUACCAACAUGUGCCUGAAUGGAAUGUGCAUCAAUGAGGAUGGCAGCUUCAAGUGUAUCUGCAAGAAUGGCUUCGUCCUAGCUCCUAAUGGACGUUACUGUGUGGAUAUUGAUGAAUGUCAGACACCUGGUAUCUGCAUGAAUGGCCGCUGCAUUAACUCAGAAGGUUCUUUCAGGUGCGAGUGCCCUCCAGGUCUCGCCAUUGGAGUGGAUGGACGUGUGUGUGUUGAUACCCACAUGCGGAGCACUUGUUAUGGAGCCAUCAAAAAGGGCACCUGUGCCCGACCUUUUUCUGGUGCUGUGACCAAAUCGGAGUGUUGUUGUGCCAGUCCAGACCAUGGCUUUGGCGAGCCCUGCCAGCCAUGCCCAGCCAGGACUUCAGCUGAGUUCCAGGCUCUGUGCAGCAGUGGCAUUGGGAUCACAGCUGAUGGACGAGAUAUUAAUGAGUGUGCUCUCGAUCCUGAUAUCUGUGCCAAUGGGAAUUGUGAGAACCUGCGUGGCAGCUACCGCUGCAUCUGUAAUAUCGGUUACGAGUCAGACGUCAGUGGCAAGAAUUGUGUUGACAUCGAUGAGUGCUCUGUCAACAUGCUGCUGUGUGACAACGGACUGUGUCGUAACACACCAGGCAGCUACACAUGCACCUGUCCCACCGGUUACAUCUUCAAACCUGACACUGAAACCUGUGAAGAUGUGAAUGAGUGUGAAUCCAGCCCAUGUGUGAAUGGUUACUGCCGAAAUAUGGCAGGCUCAUUCAUCUGCGAAUGUUCACUUGGCAGCAAAUUGGAUCCAACCAGAACCAUCUGCAUUGACAGUAUGAAGGGAACGUGCUGGCUGAACAUUCAGGAUGGGCGCUGCGAGGUGAACAUCAAUGGAGCGACCCUGAAGUCUGAGUGCUGUGCCACCCUGGGAGCUGCCUGGGGAAGUCCUUGCGAACACUGCGAGCUGGAUCCAACCUGUCCCAGAGGCUAUGCCAGGGUGAAGGGUGUUACCUGCGAAGACGUGAACGAGUGUGAUGUAUUCCCUGGUGUUUGUACAAACGGACGCUGUGUGAACACACAAGGUUCAUUCAAGUGUGACUGCCCUGAAGGACUGACUCUGGAUGGGACUGGGAAAACCUGUGUGGAUGUUCGUCUGGAACACUGCUACCUGAAAUGGGAGGAGGACGAGUGCACAGAGCCUAUGCCGGGCCGGUUCCGUAUAGACGCUUGCUGUUGUUCAAUUGGCCAUGCCUGGGGUGCGGACUGUGAGGAAUGCCCACAGCCUGGCACACGGGAAUAUGAAACCAUUUGCCCUAGGGGACCAGGAUUUGCCAACAGGGGUGAUGUUUCAACAGGCAGACCAUUCUACAAAGAUAUCAAUGAAUGUAAGGUAUUCUCCAGUCUGUGCACAUAUGGAACUUGCCGGAACACGAUUGGCAGCUUUAAAUGUCGCUGUGAGAGUGGCUUUGCCCUAAACAUGGAAGAGAGGAAUUGUACAGAUAUCAAUGAAUGCCGUAUUUCACCAGACCUGUGUGGGCACGGCACCUGUGUGAACACACCGGGCAGUUUUGAAUGUGAAUGCUUUGAUGGGUAUGAAAGUGGUUUCAUGAUGAUGAAGAACUGCAUGGAUAUUGAUGAAUGUGAGAGGGACCCCUUACUGUGUCGGGGAGGAACCUGUGUUAACACAGAUGGCAGCUAUGAGUGUAUCUGCCCACCAGGUCAUGAGUUGACCUCUGAGGGAGAUGGCUGUGUGGAUAUCAACGAGUGCUCACUGAGUGACAACCUGUGCAAGCACGGGCGCUGUGUGAACAUGAUUGGGACCUACCAGUGUGCCUGUGACUCAGGAUACCAGGGCACGGCUGACAGACAGGGCUGUGUAGAUAUUGAUGAAUGUACGAUCAUGAACGGGGGAUGUGACACACACUGCACAAACUCAGAGGGAAGCUACGAGUGCAGCUGCAGUGAGGGCUACGCACUGAUGCCUGAUAAGAGGACAUGUGCAGAUAUUGAUGAAUGUGAAGAGAAUCCUGAUAUUUGUGAGGGUGGACAGUGUACCAACAUCCCUGGGGAGUAUCGAUGCCUCUGCUAUGAUGGGUUUAUGGCUUCCAUGGACAUGAGGACCUGUUUAGAUGUUAAUGAGUGUGACCUGAACCCUAACAUCUGUCUCCAUGGCGACUGUGAGAACACCAAAGGCUCUUUUAUCUGCCAUUGCCAACUGGGAUACUUUGUGAAGAAAGGAACAACAGGGUGCACAGAUAUUGACGAGUGUGAAAUUGGAGCUCACAACUGUGACAUGCACGCCUCUUGUGUAAAUGUGCCAGGGAGCUUCAAGUGCAAGUGUCGUGAUGGAUGGAUUGGAGAUGGACUUGAGUGUAUCGAUCUGGAUGAGUGUGCCACUGAGGAGCACCAGUGCAAUCCCAGUGCCAACUGCAUGAACACACCAGGCUCAUAUCGCUGUGCCUGUAAGGAUGGUUUCAGUGGCGAUGGCUUCAGCUGCUCAGAUGUGGACGAGUGUGCAGAAAACGUGAAUCUGUGUGAGAACGGGCAGUGUCUGAAUGCUCCUGGGGGAUACCGCUGUGAAUGUGAAAUGGGAUUCACACCAACCGAGGAUAGCAAGGCAUGCCAAGAUAUUGAUGAGUGCACCUUCCAGAACAUUUGUGUUUUUGGCACUUGCCAGAACCUACCCGGAAUGUUCCGCUGUGUUUGUGAUGACGGCUACGAGCUGGAUAGAAGUGGGGGCAAUUGCACAGAUAUCAAUGAAUGUGCUGACCCCGUGAAUUGCAUCAAUGGCCUAUGUGUGAACACCCCUGGGAGCUACCUGUGUAACUGCCCAACAGAUUUUGAGCUGAACCCCACAGGGGUUGGCUGUGUGGACACGCGUGUUGGUAACUGCUUCCUAGAGACAUUGCCAAGGGGAGAUGGUGGCAUUUCAUGCAGUGCAGAGAUUGGCGUUGGCGUCACUCGAGCCUCGUGCUGUUGUUCCCUGGGAAGGGCUUGGGGGAACCCUUGUGAAUUCUGCCCCCUGGUCAACUCAACUGAAUACAAGACUCUGUGCCCAGGAGGAGAAGGUUUCAGACCAAACCCCAUCACUGUCAUCCUUGAGGAUAUCGAUGAGUGUCAGGAGUUACCAGGCCUAUGUCAGGGUGGAAACUGUGUUAACACGUUUGGCAGCUUCCAGUGUGAGUGCCCAGCUGGAUACUACCUGAAUGAGGAUACCCGUAUUUGUGAAGAUAUCGAUGAGUGCACCACUCACAUCGGAAUCUGUGGGCCUGGAACAUGCUACAACACCUUGGGCAACUAUACCUGUGUCUGCCCUCCGGAGUACAUGCAGGUCAAUGGAGGAAACAAUUGUAUGGAUAUGAGGAAGAGCGUCUGCUAUAGGAACUUCAAUGAUACGUGUGAAAACGAACUUUCCUUCAACAUGACCAAGAAGAUGUGCUGCUGCUCGUACAACGUGGGCAAGGGAUGGAACAAGCCGUGUGAACCCUGCCCAACCCCGGCCACAUCUCAAUAUCAGCUCCUGUGUGGGAAUCAAGCUCCCGGGUUCAUCAUUGACAUCCAUACUGGCAAACCAGUUGAUAUUGAUGAGUGUCGGAAAAUCCCAGGCAUUUGUGCUAAUGGCGUCUGUAUUAACCAGAUCGGUAAUUUCCGUUGUGAGUGUCCGAUGGGAUUCAGCUAUAACAAUGUGUUCCUGAUCUGUGAAGAUAUUGAUGAAUGCACCAAUGGAGAUAACCUGUGCCAGCGGAAUGCCGACUGUAUCAACAUCCCAGGCAGUUACCGCUGCGAGUGUUCCCCAGGAUUUAAACUCUCACUGAGUGGAGCCUGUGUGGAUCGCAAUGAGUGUCAGGAGAUCCCAAAUGUUUGUAGCCAUGGAGAGUGUAUCGAUACAGAAGGAAGUUAUCGGUGUCUUUGCCACAAUGGAUUCAAAGCAACAGCUGACCAAACAAUGUGCAUGGAUAUCGAUGAGUGUGACCGACAACCCUGUGGAAAUGGAACCUGCAAGAACACUGUUGGAUCUUACAACUGCCUCUGCUUCCCUGGAUUUGACCUCACUCACAACAAUGACUGCAUGGAUAUCGAUGAAUGCUUGACUCUGAUUGGCCAGGUCUGUAGAAACGGACAGUGUAUAAACAGUAUCGGAUCUUUCCAGUGCUUGUGUCAGGAUGGCUAUGAGCUACCGCCUGAUGGGAAGAAUUGUGUUGAUAUCAAUGAAUGCAUCAGCUACCCUGGCACCUGUGCACCUGGGACCUGCCAGAAUUUAGAUGGUUCCUUCCGGUGUAUCUGUCCUCCUGGGUACGAAGUACAGAAUGACCACUGCAUCGAUAUUAAUGAGUGUGAGGAGGACCCCAACAUCUGUCUGUUUGGUUUCUGCACUAAUACACCUGGAAGCUUCCAAUGUAAUUGUGCAUUAGGAUUCGUUCUCUCUGAGAAUGGAAGGAGAUGCUUUGAUACCAGGCAGAGCUUCUGCUUCACCAGGUUUGAUAACGGCAAGUGUUCUGUACCCAAGGCCUUCAAUACGACUAAAGCCCGCUGCUGUUGUAGCAAGAUGCCAGGAGAGGGCUGGGGUGACCCAUGUGAACUUUGCCCUCAGGAAGAAGAAGUUGCUUUCCAGGAGCUGUGUCCUUAUGGUCACGGUGCCAUCCCAGGCAUCGGUGAUACCCGCGAAGAUGUGAAUGAGUGUGUAGAGAAUCCCGGAAUCUGUGUCAACGGACAUUGUAUAAACACGGAUGGCUCCUUCCGAUGUGAAUGUCCGUUCGGGUAUAGCCUGGAUUUCACUGGAGUCAACUGCGUUGAUACUGAUGAGUGCACUAUUGGUAACCCGUGCGGUAAUGGAACUUGCAGCAAUGUUAUUGGAGGGUUUGAAUGCGCAUGUGACGAUGGAUUUGAACCUGGCCCAAUGAUGACUUGUGAAGAUAUCAAUGAGUGUUCCCUCAAUCCCCUGCUCUGUGCAUUUCGCUGCAUCAACACCUAUGGUUCCUAUGAGUGCACCUGCCCUGGAGGUUACACUCUGAGAGAGGACCACAAGAUGUGCAAAGAUUUGGAUGAGUGUUCAGAAGGAUUCCACGAUUGUGAGUCCCGAGGAAUGAUGUGCAAGAACCUAAUCGGCACCUUCAUGUGCAUCUGCCCACCUGGAAUGAUGCGAAGACCAGAUGGAGAGGGCUGCAUGGAUGAAAACGAGUGUCGCACUAAACCAGGGAUAUGUCAGAAUGGACGAUGUAUCAAUACAGUCGGCAGUUACCGGUGUGACUGUAACGAAGGAUUUUUGGAAAGUCCAUCAGCUACAGAAUGUCUGGAUAAUCGUCAGGGGUUCUGUUUCAUCGAAGUCUUGCAGACCAUGUGCCAGAUGUCAUCCACUAACCGUAACCUUGUCACUAAGUCUGAGUGUUGCUGCAAUGGAGGCAGAGGAUGGGGCAACCAGUGUGAACUGUGCCCACUGCCUGGUACUGCCCGCUAUAAAAAAAUGUGCCCCCAUGGACCUGGAUACGCCACAGAUGGUAGAGAUAUCGAUGAGUGUAGAGUGAUACCUAACUUGUGUAAGAAUGGGCAGUGCGUCAACACCAUGGGCUCCUUCCGCUGUUUCUGUAAUAUUGGAUACACCACUGAUUUAACAGCAACCUCCUGUGUUGAUCUCGAUGAGUGCGCGCAGUCACCCAAACCGUGCAACUUUAUCUGCAAGAACACUGAAGGCAGCUACCAGUGCUCAUGUCCACGAGGCUACAUCCUGCAGGAAGAUGGCAAGACAUGUAGAGACCUUGAUGAAUGUUCAACAAAACAGCACAACUGUCAGUUCCUGUGUGUUAACACGAUUGGAUCCUUCGCAUGCAAGUGUCCACCUGGUUUCACACAACACCACACGUCGUGCAUAGAUAAUAAUGAAUGCAUGGGUCAGUCCACAAUCUGUGGUUCAAAGGGCACAUGCCAGAAUACACCAGGAAGCUUCAGCUGUGAUUGCCAGAAAGGAUUCUCAUUGGACGGCACUGGUUUCAACUGUGAAGAUAUUGAUGAGUGCGAUGGGAACCACCGCUGCCAGCACGGCUGCCAGAACAUGUUGGGUGGAUACAGAUGCAGCUGCCCUCAAGGCUACAUGCAACACUACCAGUGGAACCAGUGUGUGGAUGAGAAUGAGUGCAGCAAUCCCACUGCCUGUGGAGCCGCCUCCUGUUAUAACACUCUGGGCAGCUACAAAUGUCUCUGUCCGUCUGGGUUUGAUUUUGACCAGUACUCCGGGGGAUGUCAGGAUGUGAAUGAGUGCUCAGCCUCCGGAAACCCCUGCUCUUACGGCUGCUCCAACACAGACGGUGGCUAUCUCUGUGGCUGCCCUGGGGGAUACUUCAGAGUGGGCCAAGGGCACUGUAUAUCAGGAAUGGGGUUCGGGAAUGGUCAAUACCUACCUGUGGAGGAGGAAGAGGAGGAUGCGGAGAAUGUGCUGUCCCCUGAGACAUGUUAUGAAUGCAAGAUCAAUGGCUAUCCCAAGAGAGGCAGGCACCGGAGAAGCACAAAUGACACUGAAUCUCAUGAGGAUCACAAGAUUAGUCUGGCUAGUUUGGACAUUGACACACCAAUCCCAUUGAAUGUGAAUAUCUCAGACGUGGGAAUCCACGAUCAUAUUAUGGAAUUCCUUCCAGCCAUCGAGCCUCUGGAAAACCAUGUGCGUUACAUCAUUUCCAGUGGGAAUGAAGCCAGCUUCUUCCGAAUUCACCAGAAAAAUGGACUCAGUUACCUCCAUCUAAGCCGCAAAAAGGCCAUACGAGGAAAGUAUGCACUGGAGAUUUCCAGUGUGCCCCUGUACAGGAAGGAGGAUCUCCUGAAGCUGGAAGAUGAGAAUGACGUUGACUACCUCGUGGGUGAUAUCGGCGAGGCUCUCCGAAUGAAGCUUCAAAUUCAUCUUCUUUAAUGUUCUUGUCUUGUCACCCUUGGUGGGAAAAGGCCCCCGCCAUUUUAAAUAGCACCACAGCACCAACCUCUCAACACUAAACUUGAUGAUGGGAUAGUGGACUGUGUCAGCUCAACAAAGUCCUUACACAACAGUCCUUUUCAUGCAGACUAUGUACUGGGGAUUGAACAGCAUCUUCUGGAGUGUGUCAUAGUUUUCGCACAUACAGCAGAUGAUUGGACACCAAUUGAGAAGGACUAAUUAAUUUUUAAAGGUUGGAAAUUUCAUGUGCUCGACCAGUUUUAUUUUGUAGUGCAGUGAUCUAAAAUGGAAGGUGUAUAAUGAAAGUUUUAACCAUAUUGGAGCAAAAUAAAUUGGGAAUGGAGAGUCAGUGAGGACAAGGGUAUUAAUGGGUUUGAAGGAUUGAAUGCAAUUGAGUCAGAGAUGGAGGAAUUUGCUUUGUAUUUAGAGAGAGGAAUAAAUUACAUUUUGGGAUCAAAUCAAUAAAUAAUGUCAUUGGUAAAUAGAUUGAAAAAUAGAAUAAUGGAAAUGAGAGAAUCUGAAUUUUUUUUAGUCACUUAAAUGGCCCUUUUUCAGGGUCUGGCCCAUUCUACUCUGAGGGCUGCCUUGCCAUUAAGUGUUCUGAUCUGAGUGCUGUUGAGCUCUGGGGAAAUCCAGUUUGUAUAAUUGGCAUUUUCCUGAAUCAUUCAAUUCCGACUUUGGAACCACUUGUUUAACCAGAAUCUCUAUCCAAAGCAAAUCAGUUGCAAAAAUGUUGACCUUAGGAGAGAGAGCCUUAGCUGCCAUUUUGUAAUCAAGAUCUUUGGUCAAUUAACUUAAUGUGCAAUCUGGCCUGAGGUCAGUAUGAAAACAGGCAGGGAGUGAGCCACUACCAGCUCAAUUCCUUAUAACUCAGUUUAGAACAGCAGGUAGGUGUCACAAGACAAUGAAAUACAACAUUUUCU